UAGAGUGUCGAUCAGCGCUCCAGGCGGUUGGACGCAAGCGGCUAGUAGGACUCUCGUCUCGCUAUAUCGGAAGUGACUGAAGGUUUGCACUCGAUCGACAUAGACUGGUAUCACGCAAACACCGCAACUGAACAUAACCUGGAGUUAUGGGACGGAUAAGUUCGAACAGUGACUUUCCAUCGGUAUUCUCGCUUAUGAGAUAAAAUACUAGCAUGAGUUAGUAACUUGUACGUAUUUUUUAUGUCUUUAACCAUCUUGAAAUGUGUUGUUAUAACUUAAUAAUAUUGUUUGAUCGAUGCUGACUUCAGUAUAUUAAAAGUUAUAUAUGUUGUGCGUCGGAGAAAGUAAUCACAUAAGAACGUAAAGUAGUGGUUGCCUAACAAUUCGAAAAAACAGGGCUAACGAUAUAUGCUGAUUAUGACAAUAUGAAUUCAGUAAAGUAAACCUGAGUAGAAUUUAUACCUGAAAAAAAUUAACAACAAAAGAACAUAAACUUAUAGAUGCCCUGUAAUAUUUGCAUAACUGAGUGCUGAAGAUCAGUAUGUAUGCCACUAACGUCAUUAUGGUUCCGAUAAAAUAAUACUUGUAUAUCUAAGACAAUUACAGAAAAGAACUCACAUUUGGUUCUAUAAUUCAGCGCUGAAUAUAGUUCUACUAGUGGCGCGACGGAAGUGCUGUAGUGUUGUGAGUUUAGUUGACAAUAAUAACUAACAGUUAUGUGUGCCAGAACUGGAACACCGGACAGAUACAGUGAACAAGUGACUGACACUUUCUGCAAAUGCCCGUACUGCGUGUAAGCACGUGCAAAGCGCUACCGCUUGUAAGACAAUGAUGUUGCCUCUAUAUCUGAGUGUGGUGCUGUUGCUGAUCCACGUUGCUGAACCGUUUGGUUCCAGCCACGAUGUGUUGGAUGUCCACUUCCAGGACCAGUGUAUUCAGCGAUGUCCAUUCCAGAAUAAAACUGAAGAAGGACUCUUCGACAUGAUGUGUGAUAACGGGUGCAGAAUAGAACACUGUUCAGAGGGCUGUCAGUCUUGGCAGAGAGCACUUGAAUCCAACUGCCAGAUUGUUUGUAAUGGAUCCCAAGACCUUCUACAUUCCGAAGAACUUUACUGUAUCAUGGGCUGUAACUAUGCACUCAACAGGUAUCUGCAAAUAUUGAAAGUUGAAAUUGGAACACCUUCUGCUCCUGCACUUGUUGCUGACACCCUCACUGCUACUUCUCUUAGUCUUGAGUGGGAAGGCACCAGGUUCAGCAACAUCAGCUACUUAGUUCAGUGGCGGUACGAGGAACUGGCUGGAGCCUGGCAGUACUGUCGCAACCAGAGCUGGGGGCCACAUUCCACUGUACUGGUCGAGAACUUGCAGCCCUAUACUAAGUAUAGGUUCCGGAUUGCUAUUCUCCUGUCACGUCAUAGCACACCAAUAGUUUCGGAACCAAGUGUAGUCAUUAGUACACUGCCCAGUGGUGUACCAGCAUCAGCACCAACAAUAGUGAGAGCCACUGCAGUAGACUCUAGCCGCAUUUCGGUAUCAUGGGAACCUGGACCCUUUCCAAAUGGCCCUGUGCUGUCUUAUGUGUUGCAGAUCAAUGAGCUACCCGAGGGCUACUCAGCCCUCAAGGACAUCCCAGCAUCUGAAAACACUAACUUCUACAUGUUCAAGAAUUUGUUGCCAGACAGAAAUUACACAUUGUCUGUUAGCAUGAGGAAUGGAAUAGGGGAAGGACCACCUGCUACCACUCUGGUUUCAACACCACCUGAACCCACAGUGAAAGACACACGCAAGCCUAAUUUGAUUUUGGGAUCCUGUCACACGGUACUUAGGCGAGAAGCUGAUAUUCUAGCAGAACCCAUGAUCAUAUACAACACAUCCCAUAUUAUUAAAGGUGUUGCAAUUCACGUAAGUCAUCACCUGCUGUUUGUGUCAGACUCUGCUGGCUAUGUAUCUCGCACUUCACUGGUCCGUUAUGAGGCUCCGUAUACUAUACUGACUCCUUCCCAUGCCAACUUCCUACCACUGGACCUUAGUGUGGAUUGGCUGAAUGACCAACUGUAUAUUCUGGGUCAGGUGACACAUUCUACAGGACCCAUGUGGCAAGUAGCCCGCUGUGGAUUGGAUGGGCGUGGGCUCACCAUUGCAGUGGCUGGUAUCCUUACUAAACCAUACCAUAUUGAAGUUGAUCCAUACAAUGGGUAUUUGUUCUGGGUAAUCCAAGGCACCAUGUACCGGCUGGACCUACAUGAUAUCAGCAAUGGAGUGAAACAUGAAGUUCGGCCAGAUAUCAUUUUGGAAGAUCCUAACCUCGGAGCAUUCACGGCAGACCACACAAACUUUCGGCUCUUAGUUGCAAACCAUUCUCAGAACACUGUUGUCUCUGUGUCACUGGAUGGGCGUGAAAUAGUUGACCUUCGAGGAAACACACAACAACCAAUGUUUCAGAAUGUGGUAUCUUUAGCAAUGGCCAAUGGCGUGUUUUAUUGGACCAAUGGUGAGGAGGUGCUGUAUGAAGAAUAUCAUCCUCUCCAUGACAGUUACUUCCAUAAUGCUUACCCUGACCGGCCAGAUAAGUCCUUUGUGAGUGUAAGUGUGAACUUACCCACAUCACAGCCCAUACCCAUUCCUGUGAACCCUCCAACCAAUGUGCAAGCUAUUCUUGGAGCAAAGCUGGCAAAGACUUCCUGGCAGGUGCCUCACUUGUUGGGAGGACAAGGUAAAGGGGCUUGGCAGAGCUGGUCAUACGAACUGCAUAUUACAGAUGAAACAGUGGGUGUAACUGUGUACAAAAAGAAUGUUAAUACAACUUCUUACACCAUCCAAAACUUAAAGCCAAAUACAGAGUAUGUUAUAAAAGUUGCUGCAUAUACAAGUUCAGGAAAGGGUCCAUGGUCUUCAGAAUUUAGAGGAAAAACAUUAAAAAUACCACAGGAUGACAAAUAUCCAUCAAUAUUAUGGUCUGCUGCUGAGGGAUUACUCAAGUCUGAUGUAACAGGAGAAAAUGUAGAGAUGCUUAUACACAAUACAAACUUAAAGGAUAUGCAUGGCAGUUACCAUAUCAGUGACAUAGCCUGGUACAAGGACAAACUAUAUCUUGUCACAAACACAACUCAUGUGUACUGGUACAAUCUCACAACCCAUGAUACAGGACACCUGAGGGAGAUGGAUUCAGUUGGCAGCAUUGCUGUAGACUGGAUAGGAAAGAAACUCUACUGGUCAAAUCCAAAACAACAACUGAUUACUCGAGGGAACCUUAAUGGUACCCAGCAAGAACCACUCCCCAUACUCACAGUAGCUAAAGAAUUAAACAUUGAUGCAAUUCAAGCAUAUAUAUAUUGGUCAACGGGCCAUGCAGUCGAGUGUGCAAGGCUAAAUGGCAAGAACAGACGGACAUAUUACCCAGCAGAGCUGUUUUCAGGAAAGCAAGUAAUGGGGCUGACACUGGAUGUCGAUCAGAGAGCUGUGUACUGGAUAGUAAGAAGCUUUGAAGGAUCCACACUUUUUCAGGCUCCAACUGCUGAAGAAAUUCCCCAUGGAGAGGAGAUAUAUCCUAUAAAGGAGAUGAGCCUGCAGCAUCCUCAUAUGCAAGGACCUCUGUGCUAUUUUAGUGACCAUCUGCUGUGGUUACAAGAUGACAGAAAUGCUGUGAUAGGAGAUUUGAAUGGACAGAAUGCUGCAGUUAUCAGUGGAACAAGCCUCUCAGGUCUCAAUAUGGUAGCUGUUUUGGAUCCUGUUCUGCAUCAGUACCCAAAUAUGAGCUUUGCUGAGGAUGUUAAUGUUAUCCCUGAGCCAGUUCGUCUGUCUUCCCUUCAGAUCACAGGAACAUGGGACCAGUUUUUUAUUAAAUGGGAUCCAGUAACAAAUGUUAAUUAUGAUCAAGUAUUUUAUGAAGUCAAGAUUUAUGAUUUUUCAAAGAUGGAUUUUUCUGAACCAAAAGUUACAAUCGAGCCAUUUGUAAACUACUGGAAUCCAGGUAUGAUUCCAUAUUCAAAACUGCAGAUAACAAUUAAAGUUUUCACAUACUGGGGUGCAUCACCUCAGGUUCGGGCAGUCAUACACUCACCCCCUUCAGUACCUACUGAACCUACAAAUCCACGUGUAUUUGUUUCAUACUCAAGGAACCCAGUGAGAAAAUAUCAGGAUGUAAUGGCUGUGUUCAGAUGGGAUCCCCCCAAGCAUUCUAAUGGUAUUGUUGAAGGUUAUAAAGUAAAGUGCUGGUACUCAUUACAUGGAACUUACAUUCACAUAUGUGACUCACUGAACAUGGAUGCCACCAAGCUGGAGUUCACUGCGUUCAAUUUGUCACGGAAUUCAACAUAUUACUUUCAGGUCCAGGCAUAUACAAGGGUUGGCAAUGGAGCACUGACAGAUCCUGUGCGAGCUGAUACAGAUGUAGAAGUGCCAGUACCUAAGCUGCUUCUUUCCACUUUUGACGCUGUGAAGAUCACCGACUGUGAUAAGCACGAAAAUCAGACUUUGUCACGGAGCAGUGGACCCCCUGUAGAUUUAGCAUUCAUCAGUCUUGAAAACAGAUUCUUCUGGUUAAAUGAAAUGCAGGAGUUGCUGAGUUAUACCCUUGAUGGUAAAAGUAGAUCUAAGAUUGUGACUCUGAACAGUACUGGAUUAAGUAUUGCUGUAGACUGGGUAGGAAGGUAUAUCUACUGGUCUGAAAUUGAUGACAAAAUCCCUGGUUCAACUAUUUAUCGACUAGAUUUGAACCAGGCAGAAAAAGGUGUAACAUACCCUUCCAAAGUUGUUAGAAGACCCAAGUUCAUCCACAGCAUUGACAUAUCUCCUUUUAAAAGCACUUUAUUUUGGAUUGAGAUGAAUAAAAGUGGAAUGGGUUAUCUCAUGACAAGCAGAACUGAUGGAACUAUGAUACGACCAUUUUUCAGAAGCAACCAUAGGAAAAGGAGAGACAGUUUGUCAGCAAGUGAAUGCAACUGCCCUAUGAAUCCAUAUGUUGGAAAAGCAAUGACAAUUGAUCAGUCUGAUCCAGCAAAUAUUCAGGUUCUAUGGGUGGAUGGUCAGGAGAAUCAUGUUUAUCUAACAGAGGAAAAUGGUUGUUUAUGUACUGUUGUGGUCAAUGCUACUACAAAUACAGAAGCAGGACUUCCCCCAACAUCCAUUACCACAGAUCAUAGGCUUUUAUACUGGUCUAAUGAAACUGAAGGCAAGCUGUAUUCAGUGACGAAGGCUAAGGAAGAUUCUAUGUUGGCAAGCAUGUCCAGAGGUGUCAUGUCAGUUAAUAUAACAGGAGUUCGAAGAAUAACAGCGCUUGGACCACACUUACAACCUUAUCCAGUGCCUAAGUGUCUUGCACCACGCCAGGCCGAGCUAGUUGUUGAAAAGAUCAAUCACACAGAUCACUCCAUAACACUGCAACUCCCAAAUCCUGAGCGAUAUCCUGAAUGUGAGAAUAUCUCACUGGCCUCAGUGGAAUACACAGUAUAUUAUGGCCAAAUCAGAGAGAACCAGGAUGCAGACUGCAGUAUGGAUAUGAAUUUCUGUAUUAAGCUGACUACAUACGAUCAGGUAUUGGAAUUACGAAAUUUGAAGCCAUUUUCUACAUACAUCUUUUAUGUGGCACUUAAAAAUUAUUAUAGUGGUCUAGAGGGGAUUAUCCCUGUAAUUGGACCUCCAACUAGAUUCCAAACUGCUGCAGGAGCCCCAUCAUCACCACAGAAUGUAACAGUUCUGGUUUUAAAUCCUACAACUGUUGAGGUGCAGUGGCUGCCCCCACAGGAAUUCAAUGAUGAGGGAGUGUGGUAUGAGCUACACUGGUGCACUGAAGGCAUGGUCGCUGGAGUUCGUCAGAGGACUGAUAAAGAUCUUAUGAAUACAGAUUCACUCAAAAAUAUUCACAGAGCUGACCUGCAGAACUUGUUGCCUGGAAAAACUUACCAAAUAUGGGUGCGAGCUAACUCUCAGAAUAGCAAGACAUUCAGUGACAGCGAUGGUGUUGUUAUCACAACAUACCCAGAACCUGACAAUAUUACUCUUUUACAUGCAACACCAUAUGCACUCAACAUCUCGUGGACUCCCUCCAAAAAUGUUCCCAUUUUAAGGUAUGACAUCCAGUACCGUGAAGCCGGUUCAGCACAUUGGAACAACUUACUGAAAGAAACAGAAGACACAAAUGUCUAUUUUGUGGAUCACUUAUUUCCAAAAACAUACUAUAUAUUUAGACUUUCUUUAAUUUACCCUCAAUCUUCAGUGCCAUACAUAUGGCCCCUAGACGAAAGAUUUGCCUAUGAAUCAUUAGGGGAUUGUCCAAGCCCCCCAGGUAUUCCUGUUAUCCAGCAACUGAGAAGGGAUGUGUAUCAGGUAAUAUGGGACCCUUCUCGUGAGAAUGGCGCUCAUAUAGAACUAUACUGUUUGGAAGGCAAGAUUGAAGGGGAGAGACGAGACAAGAGGGAAGCAAACUUUACCUCAGACACUCACAGUGCAGCCAGAAUUGAGGAUGAUACUGCCAUUGAAGCUGAUGAUGACAGUGAUAAUUGGGUGCUGUAUUACAAUGGAACAGAAAACUACUGGAUUAUUACAGAUCUCAGCCCAAGUCUGAAGUACAUCUUCAGAGUCCGAUCUAUGAACAGAUAUGGCUGGAGUGACUUCAGUGUAGCAAGUGAAUCAUUUGAUUUCACUGAAGCAGCCAUGCUAGCAAAACAGCAAGAGCUAGAAAUUGUACUCAGCAUUUUGAUACCAACUGUAAUGGUAACCAUUUGUAUAACUGGAAUAUUCAUACUGAUAUAUGUAUUUCAGCGUCGGGAAAAGGAGAAGAAAUCUCUGCAAGUGAUGACACUGACAACAGCAACUCGAGGACCAGACGUUGAACUGGCAACAUUGAGAGAACUUCCUCGCAGAGGAAACUUUAUCCAGAACACAAAUGCUCUCUAUAUAACAGCUGACAUCCCUACAGAUGAAGAGAUUGCAUUGUUACCUCAUAUUCGCAGAGAUCAGAUUACUCUGACAAAAUUCCUUGGUAGUGGAGCCUUUGGGGAAGUGUUUGAAGGCAAUGCAAGAAACCUGCCUAAUUCUGGAGGAGCUGAGACAAAAGUUGCUAUUAAGACAUUACGAAAGGGAGCUACUGAACAAGAAAAGGCUGAGUUUUUAAAAGAAGCUCAACUGAUGAGCAACUUUAAGCAUGAGCACAUUCUUCAGCUCUUGGGAGUCUGCCUUGAUAAUGACCCAAAUUUUAUCAUAAUGGAAUUAAUGGAGAAUGGAGACUUGCUGAGUUACCUCCGGUCAAACAGACCACUCCUAUACACAGGAAAUUCUCUUACAUUACUUGACCUGUUGGCAAUGUGUGUAGAUGUUGCCAGAGGUUGCAGAUAUUUGGAAGAAAUGCAUUUUGUUCACCGAGAUUUGGCAUGUCGCAAUUGUCUAGUAUCAUCAGGAGAUCCUCAGAACAGGAUAGUUAAGAUUGGAGACUUUGGCCUUGCAAGAGAUAUAUACAAGAAUGACUAUUAUCGAAAAGAAGGAGAAGGACUAUUACCUGUAAGAUGGAUGGCCCCUGAAUCACUGGUGGAUGGCGUGUUCACUUGCCAGUCAGAUGUGUGGGCUUUUGGUGUCCUUAUCUGGGAAAUCAUGACACUUGGACAGCAGCCAUAUCCAGCUAGAACCAACCUGGAAGUUCUGCAUUAUGUCAGGAAUGGUGGACGCCUGGGGAGACCAAACAACUGUCCAGAAGAGCUACACCAGCUGAUGUUGAAAUGCUGGAACUAUAAUCCUGAGACACGACCUACAUUUAAAUAUUGUUUGGAUGUUCUGGAAGAACUAAAAAGCAAAAGUGUAGACCUUCCUCUAAUAGCCAUCCAGAAUGGGCAUUACGUGAGCAGGACACAGAAUGGUGGAAUAGAUAACCGUGGCUUCUUUGAAGAUGAAAACCAUAAUAACAGUUCAGGAAAUUCAUGGAAGACGAGCAGUGAUUCUGGCAGUCAAGACCAGGUGCCUUUCCUUCAAGCAUCCCAUGAGAUUAUGUCAAGUCAGGGAGGCCAGCAACUUUCAGUACCACAAGGGCAAACAGGUCUUGCUGAAAGUCAAAAUGCAAAUCAUAUCAAUGUAACACUAAGUGGGAUUCCAAAAUACCUUGAGUUGAUCUAUGAUGAUACGCCACCCACAGUGGGUGACGGCUAUGAAAUUCCAAGAGUUUUCCCUACUGGAAAUGCCAAUAACAAGUCUUCAUCUAAUGAAGCAGUGGACAGACCCAGAACAUUUUCCACUUCUUCAACAUUAAGUGAUGGAAGUGCUGCAACACGGGCGUUGUGCCAACAGACCCAUUUAUUAAGUAACAAAAGUGAUGAGUCAAAUUCACCUGGAAAGAUGGACAGUAUUUUAGUGAUUGGGAAUAUUAAGUCAAAUGGUUGUAUAGGAGGAAUCAAGAAAAAUGCAACAGAAUUCAGAAGAAAUGGAGAAAAGGACCUUUCUAGUCUGAAGCAACUGCUGCCAUCUGUAAAGAAAUGCUCCAACACCAUCAAUAAUCAUCAAUCAGUUGGUGGCUGCAAUAACAUAAACACAAACAGUGCUUAUAGUAAUAUGGUAAAACAACCCUUAUUGGAAGAAGAGGUGACAGAAAAUGCACCUGAAAGACCUCAUAAUUCUUCCAAUGACCAUAGUAAAAGUACCGUCACAAUUCCACUUAAUUAUACACCUACUACAACUCUGCCUUCUUGAACAAUGGUUCAGCUGCAGUCUCUGCAAUCUGUACAAUUGAAAAGUAGUUUAGGAUACGAACAAAACAUGUAGGCAAGCCAUGCAGAAAUGGUGUAACAUAAACUUUGUAUCAGCACAUGAAGCUGAUAAUCUCUUGAGCCUAAAAGUAUUUACAACUUCACAUCUAUCAGAAAUGUCAGAAAAUAACACAAAUUUCUUCAAAGAACACUAUUGUAUAAAACAAGAGAGCAUCAUGUACAUAGACUGCUUCAUUAUAAUUCUCAUACUGUUGUAUGCACACAUUGUAUAGAUCUACUCACUGUAAAUAGUGUAAUGAAAUAUAUUAUUAUUAUUA